CCAACUUAAACCUCGUCAGUUCCAACAAAACACUCCGUCUCUCUCUGCACUUGUCACAUGAGCGAAGGAUAGCUGCAAUGUCUACUCUCUCUCUCUACUCUCAUCUUCUUUAUCCGCCCUCUCCUCCGAAGUUGGGUUCUUCCAAAUCCCUAUUUUUCUCUUCCUCUUACGGUGGAAAUGCGAAACCUUUCGUUUUAUUCAAAGGCACCUCCUCCCGGACUCGCAUCGCCUCUUCUUCUUCUGCAAAGGACGCCUCCAGCGAUAACAGUCCUAGCAAUUUCUGCAUCAUAGAAGGUCCGGAAACCGUUCAGGAUUUCGUUCAGAUGCAACUGCAGGAAAUUCAAAAUAACAUAAGGAGUAGACGCAAUAAGAUCUUUCUCCUCAUGGAAGAGGUAAGGAGAUUACGGGUACAAGAACGCAUCAAGGCUGUGAAAGUGAUCGAUGAGAGCGACGAGGAAGAAGCAAAUUAUGAGAUGCCCGACAUUCGAUCUUCUAUUCCUUUCCUUUCUCAUGUGACGCCGAAGACGUUGAAGCAGCUGUAUUUGACUAGCUUAUCAUUUAUAUCUGGGAUAAUCCUAUUCGGUGGCCUUAUUGCACCAACAUUGGAGUUAAAAUUAGGUUUGGGCGGCACCUCGUAUGAAGAUUUCAUACGCAAUAUGCAUUUGCCUUUGCAAUUAAGCAUGGUUGAUCCCAUUGUGGCAUCUUUUUCGGGUGGGGCUGUGGGUGUCAUUUCAGCUUUGAUGUUAAUUGAAGCCAACAAUGUAGAGCAGCAAGAGAAGAAAAGAUGCAAAUAUUGCCAUGGAACUGGUUAUUUGGCCUGUGCUCGAUGUUCUGCAAGCGGUGUAUGCUUGAGAAUCAAUCCUCUCUCACUAUCCUCUGCUUCUGGUCGCCGUUUGCAAGUGCCAACAGCUGAGAGGUGUCCAAAUUGCUCCAGUGCAGGGAAGGUAAUGUGCCCGACUUGCCUGUGCACUGGGAUGUUGAUGGCCAGUGAACAUGACCCACGAAUAGAUCCAUUUGAUUGAAGAUGAUUGGAUUUCUUUCCUUUCCUUCUCUUUUAAUUUAUAAUGUAGCUCGGGAAAAAAGAAACAAAGUAAACAGUUUGUUAAAAAGACAAAAAGGCAACCUAUUUUUCCACU